GUUCAAUCAUCUGUCAAACUCUCAUGAACCAAAUUUAUUCAGAUGCUUUAGAUGAUUGUGAACAAACAUAAUUUUGAGCUGAAGUUUUGGAGUGAUGGGGUUCAUUUGUGUGACUCUGAUGAUUAUUAUUGGAAUCAUAAAAGCAGCAAAUCUACACGGGCAUGCCCUUAAAGAUCUUAAGGUCUCAGAUCACUUGAACCCAGAUCAGUUUGAUGUUGUGGGACCUGUAGAUCCUCUCAUCGCUAUAGUUGGUGAAGAUGUGAUUCUGCCCUGUUCUCUCAAACCCCAAAUCAGUGCUGUAAACAUGAGAGUCGAGUGGUUUAGAGUUGAUCUCAAAGUAGUUCAUCUCUAUGAAAAACGUAAAGAUAAAAACACAAAUCAGCUUCAGUCGUACAGAGGAAGAACUGAAGUGUUUAAAGAUGAACUACAGAAAGGAAACACAUCACUCAAACUCUCAAGAGUUCAGAUCUCUGAUGAAGGACUUUAUACGUGUUUCAUUCAGUCCAAAACCUGGUAUGAUGACAUCACUGUUGAUCUCAGAGUUAAAGGUCAGUUUGAUGUUGUUGGACCUGUAGCUCCUCUCCUCGCUAUAGUUGGUGAAGAUGUGAUUCUGCCCUGUUCUCUCAAACCCAACAUCAGUGCUGUAAACAUGAGAGUCGAGUGGUUCAGACUUGAUCUCAAAGUAGUUCAUCUCUAUGAAAAACGUAAAGAUAAAAACACAAAUCAGCUUCAGUCUUACAGAGGAAGAACUGAAGUGUUUAAAGAUGAACUACAAAAAGGAAACACAUCACUCAAACUAUCAAGAGUUCAGAUCUCUGAUGAAGGAUUUUAUACAUGUUUCAUUCAGUCCAAAACUUGGUAUGACAACAUCACUUUUGAUCUCAAAGUUGAAGGUAAAUUGAUUAACUCUUGGAGGACACCAGUGAUCUUGAUUUCAUUUGCUGUUUUGUUCGUGGUGAUCGCUGUUUUCUGUUACAAAGCCCUUUUCACACAGAUAUGCCGUAAGAUACACGGGACAGGCAACCUGGAAUUUUACUGGACCGCUUGAUAUUUUAUUCAUUCACACUGCCAAGUUUACACGGCAUCUGAUGGUCCCGGAAAGACACGUGACAUGUUGAAAGUCCCGCCCUCUCUUCUACGCAGCGUCUGAAGUUUGCAAAGUAUUUAUUAUUCCUCUCUCCAGAAACAACUCGCGUGCAUUUUUGUUUAUGAUAAGACUACAAAGGAGCGUGUGAACGCACAGUUCUAUUCUGGUGAAUGAUCUCAGCUUCAGAGUGUAUAUUUGACAAGCUCCCUGAUUUCUGCUUUGAUACAGUUUUCAGACAUUUCUCAUCGUGAUUGUUUAUAUGCAUUUAAAACCCGCAUUUUGAGGAGCUGGACGAUAUAUCUUGAUGGGAUGACGUGCGGGUUUUUUCGUUUAUUAUGGCUCAUUUUAAAGAGUUGAACCAACUUCAUGUUGCCAUGACAAGCGCGUCCUCACUACGGCACGUGCGUCAUUGUUUAUGCAUCUCAUUUAUCAUUUCCUGAUAACUGCUUCAAUCUAGUUUGCACCAUUUCUCGUGGUGAAUGUUUAUAUGCACGUUAUCUCUAGUUGUAAGGAGCUGAACCAUAACUUGUGUUGUGAUGAUGAUGCGCGCGUCCUCACUUCGACACGCCCUUUAGGGCAUUCUUGCGGCUUCUUGUUCACACAGAGGGUUACCCGCGUAUAUCUUACUAGGUCCUCUUUCCGGCAACGAUCCCAGAAGAUUAACGGAACGAGUUUUUGUUCACACAGACGCUUGUCUGGCAAUUUUACGGGUAUUUUCUGGGACCAGAGGUCUGUGUGAAUGGGGUUUCACUCUCAUUAGGCAAACUUUGUUUUGCACCUCCAACACCUCGGCACCCAGACAUGGCGGUCAACUGACACCAGGCCUAAAUUGUUUAAUUCUUGAAAACUGAUGUUAGGCUGGGCACCCAUAUGUUAUUAUAUAGUGUUAGUAUUGUAUCAACCUCAUUACUGUAUUUUAUUCACUUCACUGUUGAUGGUGAAAAGAUCUGUAUACAGUCAUGCCAAGAGACAGCAAUGCAAAUUUACAUGAGUUGUUCAUUUACGUAGAUACAAAAACUAUUACAAAAUCUGACUCUCAUUUGUAAAGUAGGCAUGCAAACUUAGAAAAUUUUGAGAGGAAAAUCAUGCAUUAUUAUAGGAAGGACUAUUGUCACAUAGCAAUUUUAAGUUUAUUUAUUUUUUGUUGGUUAGUUCAAACAAACCAGAGCAUUGAGAUACUACACUCUCAAAAAUAGUUUCUUAAUAUGUAUGGGUGACUGGUAUAGUAAAUAGUGCUGAGCAAUCUGUGCUUUUGUUUACUGUCUCUUACUGUCAGAAGAUGAGAAAUAUGUCUUUUGUGUACAAAGAAAAAGUCUUAUAUCUUUGAGUUCAGCUCAUAAAAAAUGGGGGCAAAAACAAAAGU